AAAAUUGUGCCUAGCAUCAUGUCAACACGAUGAAAGAUGUCAAAAAGGUUUCUGAAAGUUACAAUCCCUGCCUUCGAAGUGUGUCCAACAGAGCCAGGACAAGGGUAAGGCAAGUGCAGAGCUGGCACCCGCGAGCGAGUGCCUCUUUAAAUGGUGCACCCUGAGUGCCUGACUUGCCUCACCCUAGUCCUAGCCCUGCUGUUUGGUUUCUCUGGGGGAGACAAGAAGGAGUCAGAGCCUGAGGCUUGCAGUGGGGCCACAGACAAGUUACCUUCUUUCUCUGGGCCUCAGUUGGUCAAUCUGUUAGACAAGAGUCUUUGACAAUCUCUCCAUGGUGGUCUCUGUGGCUCUACAGUUCCAAGGGUCUAAGGAAGACCUGUGCUGCACCAGACUCGGGAGUACUGAUCUCAUGGACAGUGGGCUGGGAGGUUGAGGGAGCAUGGCCUGCCGUUGGGUUGGGCCUUCAUGCUGCAGACUACUUUCAAAGGAGGUCUGAGCCUCAGUACAAAGAUCAUGAAGACAAGGUUGAAAACAACACUUGCCAGUCUUUUCACCAUAAGCCUUUCUAGCACAUUUGGUUGAUUUGUUCCCAGGAACCCUAUGUUUUGAAAGAUGUUAUUCUCCACCAGGAUGUUUCCCCUUGCCCUCAGGUUAGAGUCCAAAUUCCUUAGCGCUUCAGACAGUAUCCUCCAAAUCCAGCCACUUCCUCAUCUUUUGCCACACUCCUCUUAUUCUCUCUACCCAGCUGUACUGGACUGUUCUCCAGUUCUUCCAACAUGCGGUUCUCUCUCACCUCCAGGUCUUGUCUAUGUUGUUGAGUUCUGUCUGGAACUCUCCAUGUUCUCUCUCUUUUACUGCUUCUCUCCCACCAUUUUCAGGUUUCAGCAUCAUGUCAACACCGUGGAAAGAGUUUUAUUCAGGUCCCCUUGCUUUAUUCUAUUAUAGUUCCUAGAGUAUUUGACAUUUUCUGCAUCAAGCCUUUGUUGUACUUUACCAUCAUUUCUUCUUUUUCUGUUUUCUACAACAAAUCAUAAGGUCCACAAAGGCUUCAUUCUCACCACUUUGCAGAGGGCUUAAUACACAGUAGAUUCUCAGUAACUAUCUAUUAAUUAAACAAAUGCCAAAUAAAACACUAUUUGGCAAAUGGAAUAAACAGAUCUUGAGGUCAGCAUGUGCUGUCAGGUUUGAGCCCACGGAACUGGUCUGAUUACAGCUGCUAGUAAGAUUUGAGAUGUGUGAGUUUGUCAGAGGAGAGCAGAUGGUUUCAUCUGGGUCUCAGGAAAGGAAGGGUGGAGACAGAUACUCUAGAGGAAUCAUAAGCCAGUUUUGUUCCCAGCCUGAGAACAUGCCCUACUGCAUCCCAGAUAAGUGGGCACCCAGUACCCCUUCGCUCUCUCUUUUUCAGGCGUAUUUGGGGAGCUCCCUAUCUACCUGCUUGGUGGGUGGAUGGGGACUGUAGAUGAUUAAAAGGAGGUUUUUUAAAAAGUGCUGAUGCUCUGAGUCUUUGAGGAAGAUAGAACAUGAGUUAAUAAAUAAGAAGGGCGUAAAAAGUGAAAACAAUGGAAGCCAGCCCUAUGGGUGCUGAGUAAGCACUGGACUCAGUGACGGAGUCAGCCAGCCCAACUGAUGGGUCCAGAUGGCGGUGGCAGAAGGGAGGCCCAGCCCCACCACUUCAGUGCCAACUCAAAUGGUGGCACUGUUUUGCAAUCAAGACAGGAUUGCAGAACCUAGGUGGGACCCUGAAGCUGCUGGUUUCCUAAAUAAUUGGCAGGUGCUGUCUUAGAGCUAGCCAGGGGACAGGAAGAGAGGUGGCUAGAGCCUCUGCUUUUCAAAACAGUGCCUUCCAAACUCUGGGCCUCAGUUUCCUCAUCUAUGGAACAAAGAGUUGGACAAGUUGACCUCAAAGGCCAACCUUUUGGAUAAUAAGAGGAGCAGCCAGCAUUCACCCAACAUCCUCCCAGCCUCAGGUUCCGAAUAAACUGAAUUCCUCUGCUUGUACGGAACUGGCCGGCCUUUCAAGAUGGCGGCCCCCACUGAGACACAGCGCUUGGGGGCGGCCAUAUUGCCUCCUGAACAAAGACGCUCAGGGUGCGGAGCGGCCAAAAUGCCCGAUUUAUUUUGACAAAGCCUGGGAUACCCUUUAUGAAACAGUCUUCCUAUCAUGAGAGGACUCACUUCCUCUAAAUGAGUUCAGCCCAUGUCUGCAUGACCCAUCCUGGGACUGAGAAGAUUACCAGGGUGGCCUGUUAUCCACGUGACUUUUGGUGGUAGUGUUUCUAGACUGGUGAAUGUCAGUUCUGGCUCCAGGAGGCUCCAUUCUAUCUCCUAGUCCUGAUUCCUCAGACCUUUUCCCUUUUGGAAGAGAAGCAGAAGAUGACCAAGUCUCAGGGUCCAGUGUCAUUCGAGGAUGUGGCUGUAGAUUUCACCCAGGAGGAGUGGCAGCAACUGGACCCUGCUCAGAGGACCCUGUACAGGGAUGUAAUGCUGGAGAACUACAGCCACCUGGUCUCAGUGGGGUAUCCAGUUUCCAAACCAGGUGUCAUAUCUAAGUUGGAACAAGGAGAAGAGCCAUGGAUUAUGAAGAGAGACAUAUCAAAUUGGAUCUAUCCAGACAGGGAGACUAGACUUGACACACAUCAAUUGGAUACACUUGGAGAUGUUUACUUUCAUAAGGACAUACUGGAAAGUGUCACAAGGGAUCAUUCAUUGUACUCCGUUUUAAAGGUCUGGCAAGGCGACCAGCUGGAGAGAGAUCAGGAAAAUCAAGACAGACUUCUCAGGCAAGUCACAAUCAUCAACAACAAAACAGUUAUUGAAGAGUCAAACUAUACAUAUAAUGCAUUUGGAAAAAUAUUUCAUAACUGCACAGACCUAGAUACUUCAAGACAAAGACUGUAUAAGUGUGAUUCAUUUGAAAAGAGCUUGGAACCUACUGUAAACCUAUUCAGUUGUAAUAGGGGUUAUGCAAGAAAAAACACAGAUGAGAAUUUUGGAUGUGGGAGAACACCUAGUUCUUCCUAUUCUAAGCAUGAAAAAAUUCAUAAUAGAAUGAAACACUGUGCAGGUAGUCAGUAUGGAAAAAUCAUCAGCGAUAAACAAUCUCUUAUUCAAUAUGUGAAUGUUGAAACUGGGGAGAAGAUCUGUGUAUGUAUUGAAUGUGGAAAAUCUUUUCUCAAGAAGUCACAGCUCAUUAUACAUCAAAGAAUUCAUACUGGAGAGAAACCUUAUGGUUGUAGUGCUUGUGGGAAAGCCUUCAGUGAGAAAUCACAUCUCAUUGUACAUCAGAGGACACAUACUGGGGAGAAACCUUACGAAUGUUCUGAAUGUGGAAAAGCCUUCUCUCAAAAAUCAUCCCUCAUUAUCCAUCAGAGAGUUCAUUCUGGUGAAAAACCAUAUGAAUGUAGUGACUGUGGGAAAGCUUUCUCCCAGAAAUCACCGCUCAUUAUACAUCAGAGAAUACAUACUGGUGAAAAGCCAUAUAAAUGUAAUCAGUGUAGGAAGGCCUUCUCCCAGAAGUCACAGCUGAUUAUACAUCAUAGAGCUCAUACUGGAGAGAAGCCCUAUGAGUGUACUGAAUGUGGGAAAGCCUUCUGUGAGAAGUCCCACCUCAUCAUACAUAAAAGGAUUCACACAGGGGAGAAACCCUACAGAUGUGCUCAGUGUGAGGAAGCCUUCAGCAGAAAGUCAGAACUCAUUAUACAUCAGAUAAUUCAUACUGGGGAGAAACCUUAUGAAUGUACUGCAUGUGGGAAGACCUUCUCCCGGAAGUCACAGCUCAUUAUACAUCAGAGAACGCAUACUGGAGAAAAGCCCUAUAAAUGCAGUGAAUGUGGAAAAGCCUUCUGUCAGCAGUCACAUCUCAUUGGACAUCAGAGGAUUCACACAGGAGAAAAACCUUACGUUUGUACUGAAUGUGGGAAAGCCUUCUCUCAAAAGUCUCACCUCCCAGGACAUCAGCGGAUUCAUACAGGAGAGAAACCUUAUAUAUGUGUUGAAUGUGGAAAAGCCUUUUCCCAGAAGUCAGACCUUGUUGUACAUCAGAGAAUUCAUACUGGGGAGAAACCUUAUCAAUGUGCUGUAUGUGGAAAAGCCUUCAUCCAGAAAUCACAACUCACUGUACAUCAGAGAAUUCAUAUAGUGGUGAAAUCAUAAGAAUGGACAAAGCAUAGAAAAGCCUUCAGUAUCUGUUCAAGCCUUAAUAAGUACAACAAAACUCACAGAUUUAAUGUGUUUCUAGGCAUCUUUGUUGGUACUAUUUUACAAAUGAAAUCAUAUUUCUAAUGUAAUUAAUUUUUUUAUCAAAGAUAAUACAAGACAAAAAAGUUUUGUUUAUAUAAAUUUUCAUUUCGGCAUGUUAAAUUUUUAAGAUUUGGAACUGAAUGAUUAGCAUAACAGAACAAAUUACAUAUAGUCUAUUUUGAAGUUACAUGUUCCUGAUUAUACUACAUAAUAAGUUAGGCAUGUGGUAAUAUUGUUAAUAUUAGCCUCUCGUAAUUACGGCCAUGCAGUAAUUCCCCAAAGAGGACAUGAAGAAAGCAUGAGUCAAGAAGUGCCAAGACCUAGAAACUGCACUAAGGGGAGGGGACUUGACCAUCAGACCCUAAAAGUAUAUGUAAAAUUCUUCUUAUACAAUGAUGGAAAGAUGGGUUGAAAAGGUUCAAUAAAUGUGGUCUUUUUGUGUUUUUUAAUUUUGAUAAUAUAAGUUGAUUUGUGUCUGUGGAUGGACCCAGGACCUUGGAAUUGGCACUGCUUGCUCAUUUCUCCCUUUUACCCCACCCUCCUAGGAGCUUGGUGUGGUGGAAAGACAUUGGUUCUAAAGUCAGAUGGCCAUGAGUUUUAACCCUUGUUCCCUUAUUAAUAGAUUGUGUGACAUCUAUGAAGACCUUUUUAACCCUCAGUGUCUGUUUGCUCAUCUGUAUGUGAAAUCCUGGCAGACAGCACAUUUU